AUGCGUCUCCCAUACGUACCAGACCCUCCACCAACAAGCACACCAGAGGAAGCCCGAAUCCUCUCCAACGUGCAAGCCCGCCGUGCUCCAAAUCCCCUCCUCCCCCUCGACCUGGCCCUCCUCCACUCCUUCCCCGUCACAGACGGCUGGAACUCCUUCAUCGGGGCAAUCCGCACCCGAACCAGUCUUUCCACCGUGGUCCGGGAGCUUGCAAUCUGCCGCGUGGCAGUGAUCAAUGGCGCGCUCUUCGAAUGGGAACAGCACGCACCGCUUCUCACGCAGGGCGGCCUCAGCGACGAGGCGCUGAAUGUAAUUGGGGAUGCCGAGACUGAUUUUGCUAGCGAUCUGGCGCAGAGGACGUUAAGUCGGGAACAGAGGGCUGUCGUCAGGUAUACGGAUGCUAUGACUAGGACUGUUACGGUGCCUGAUGAGGUGUUUGGAGAGUUGAAGGAGUGUUUUAGUGAUAAGGACGUUGUGGAGAUUACGGCGACUGUUGCGGCGUAUAAUUGUGUUAGUCGGUUUUUGGUGGCGUUGGAUGUUGGGGAGAAGAAUCAUUAG